AUGGUUGAAGCGAAGUUCAACGAGGAAGAACUCCUGGUGACUCGGAUGUUGGGUCGGGGCUACGACUGCACCCGGUACUAUGCCGAGAAACAGAGGAUAGUGCGAGAGUUGGCCUAUGAAAUGUGGCGCCAAAUGGGUCGUAAACACUGCCGUCUGGCCAUUAUAAAGAAAUGGCUGUUUGAGUUACGUCUGUCCCCUCCAGGUUCUGAGUUGGGAGGCAUUUGUCUAUUAGGAAUAGGAAUAUGGAUUGUUGCUGAUCCUGAUGGAUUCCAGACUCUUAUCACUUCAAACCCUUUAUUAAGUGCUGGUGGCUACACCCUACUAAUUGUUGGGCUGGCACUUUCACUGCUUGGAUUCCUGGGAUGUUUUGGAGCAAUCCGAGAGAAUAAACCACUGCUCUUAGUGUUUUUUAUACUUAUUUUGCUCUUCUUCACUGUGGAACUUGUUGGUAUUAAGAAAAUAGUAGUUGCCAUACACUAUUUGAGCAAUAUUAUUAAAGAAGAUCAUUUUCUUCUUGAGUUGCAGAAGUAUUACAAAGGAGACAAUUCUUCUGAAGUUUUCAGCCAGUCCUGGAAUACCAUUAUGAUUGCAAUGUCCUGCUGUGGUAUAUCUGGAUUAAAUGACUUUGAUAACAGAUCCCAUUUCCACCACCUAUAUCCUUUUGCACCAUGGCCAGAAGCAUGCUGCACGCGUGACAACCCAGUUAUAUCCGGAAUCAUAAAGGAUAAACAGAAGUGCAUGGAGAAUAUGCCAGACUACACUAAUAAUCAGGGCUGUUUUAUUACCAUUGCUAAAGGUUUGAAGAAAUAUAUUUCCAUAUCUGGAGCUGUCGGCCUAGGUGUACUUGGAGUUGAGGUCACCGCCUGUCUUACUCUUUCUAGCCCCGCCCUCAUCUUUGCUGUCAGCGAAUCAUCUUUGAGUUCCCUCUCCCAGUGGCUAAAUACCUUGUUACCCAGCCCCAUGGAGUGGGUAUUUUGGAGUCUGCCAUACAAAUCGGACAAUGUACCAGCCGAGUUGUCCCGGCCUAUCAAGCCCUCAAACCAGAAAUUUUAUAAAGGCACUAAUUUUGCCUACAUCUUGAUGUUUAAUAAGAAGGGAUCAUCUGAUUUUAACUGCCAGAUAAAAUUUGUGGUAACACAUUUCCUUUAA